CUUGCGUCAUCAGGAAUCGACAGAAGUAUUUCCUGCUAGCUAGAUGGAAGCCGGUAAUAUUUGAAGGUUUUCUUUUUUCUGCUACAUGAGUGGUUAAAGAUAUUUUCUAGAAUGACGGCAGUCAAAUAGGAGGAGGGAUGGGGGACUUUGGGCCAGCAGGGCUUGUCGCAGGCCUCUGUCAUACAGACCAGCAGAAUCCUUUCCCUGUGUGGCAGAAUGGACACAUCAGCCCCUGUUUUAACCAACUCGUCCUGGGAGCCUUGCCUCAUGCGGGGGUGGCCAUUUUCAGUGCCUGCUACCUCAGCAUGGCAAGAUGCAGCCUCCUCCAGACGUCUCCUCCCUGUGGUUGGACACUCAGGUUGGUGUCCGCUCUGCUGGCUGCGCUGCUCUUCACUGCAGAUGUCAUCCUGGUGAGCCUGCUCCAGCAGGCGGACAUGUACCUGGACGUCCUAGCUGACAGCUGUGCCAUCCUGGCCUGGCUGGUCCACUUCAGUGCCAUCACAGUGCUCCAGAGGACAGCUUUCAGGAGAACCAGAGGACCUCCACUGCUGCUUCUGCUGAUUCUUCUGUCUGUCCCAAACCAGGUCAUCACCUUGAUGAUUUACUGUGACAAUAAGGAAUAUUUGAACCUCCUAGAACCUCUUAAAUUGGCUCGGUUUGUGCUUGCCUCAGCCCGAACGCUCCCCCUUCUGGUUUAUCUUCUGGCAUUUGCAUUUCCCUGCAUCAGUGAUGUUGGAUAUACUUUGUAUAUCAACGCUGUGGAUGGAUCCCCACUCAUCCCAGAGAGCACCCAGCCGGAUACAGGUGAGAUGGUGGCCGAGGACGGGAGCAGUUGCGUCUCUCGGCUCUUCUACCUGUGGUUGACCCCUCUCCUCAGACGAGGGCAGCGAGGCGAGCUGGACAGACCAGCUGAUGUUUAUCACCUCCCUCGGAAACUUCGGACUAGUGUGGUUUGCCGAUACUUCCACCAGUGCUGGGAAGCCUGCCGACGAGGGUCAGCAGUCAGUAACGGGCAGGAUCAGUGGCCCAGGCCGGUCAGCAGAAACCUCCUAAGUGGCAGCUGGAGUUCACACUACCAGGAGGAACCACCGGAGCUGGAGGGUGAUGUAGGACUGCUGAGGGUGCUGCACAAGGCGUUUGGGUUGUGGUACUACAUACUCGGUGUGCUGAAGGUGGUGGUCAACAUGCUGAACUUUGCAGGUCCCCUGCUCCUCAGCAGUCUGGUGAACUUUAUGGAGGAAGAGGGAGCUCCAGUCAGCAGGGGUGCCUGGUGCGCUCUGGGGCUCUUUGCCACCACUCUUCUCUCUUCCAUCCUCAGAAACAUAUUCGUCUUUGAGGUCUCCAAGGUGGCGCUGUCAGCACGCGCCGCUCUUGUGUCGGCCAUCUACGGCAAAGCCCUGCAGCUCAGCGGCAGCAGCCUGGCUGGCUUCACUCUGGGAGAGGUGGUGAACUUAAUGAGCACGGACACUGACCGAGUGGUCAACUUCUUCAACAGUUUCCAUGAGCUGUGGAGCAUGCCCUUCCAGUUUAUUAUCACCCUCUACUUGCUGUACCUGCAGGUGGGUGUGGCUUUCCUCGGAGGGCUGGGUGUGGCACUGCUGCUGGUGCCGCUCAACAAGUUCCUCGCUUCCCGUAUCCUUAGCAACAACAAACACAUGCUCAGGUACAAGGACAGCCGUGUUAAGUUAAUGACGGAGAUCCUCUUCGGUAUUCGUGUCAUCAAGUUCUACAACUGGGAGCCUCAUUUUACUCAGAAGGUCGCCGACUGUCGUAAGCAAGAGCUGUCCCAUCUCAAGGCCCUCAAGUACCUGGACGCCAUGUGUGUUUACACCUGGGCUGCUCUGCCUGUGGUCGUCUCCAUCCUCACCUUUGUCACGUAUGUGCUGCUGGGACACCAGCUGACUGCAGCCAAGGUGUUCACCACGCUGGCUCUGGUGGGAAUGCUGAUCAUCCCGCUCAACUCUUUCCCCUGGGUGCUCAACGGCAUCCUGGAGGCCAAAGUGUCUCUGGAGCGAAUCCAACGUUUCUUCAAACUGACGAACCAGGACCUGCAGGCUCACUACGCCCUGGUUUCUCCUGAGGACAGUCAGACAUUGGUCCUGUUGAGCCAGGGGACAUUUUCCUGGCAGGGGCCCGACGGUCCCAACCAGAACAAAGAGGGAGAAACUGAAACUGGAGCUGCUAAAGGGAGUCUGCUGCUGCACAGUCUCAAUCUACACGUAACCAAGGGCUCUCUGGUCGUUGUGGUGGGGAAGGUCGGCUGUGGGAAGAGUUCCUUACUGGCUGCUCUCACUGGAGAACUCAGCAGGCUGAGUGGAGUGGUAUAUGUUGCAGACAGAGAGGCCGGCUUCGGUCUGGCGUCUCAGGAGCCGUGGAUCCAGCAUGCAUCAGUACGGGACAACAUCCUGUUUGGUAAAGACUACGAUCCCACCUUCUACCAGGCUGUGAUCGAGGCCUGUGCUCUCUCAGACGACCUCAACGUUUUGCCAAAUGGUGACAAGACAGAAGUGGGAGAGAACGGAGUGACUCUGAGUGGAGGACAGAAGGCUCGGCUGGCCCUCGCCAGAGCUGUUUACAUGGACAAAGACAUCUACCUCCUCGAUGAUCCGUUGGCAGCGGUUGAUACCGACGUGGCCGAGCACCUCAUGAAGAAAUGUAUCAUGGAGCUCCUCAGGGGAAAGACCAGAAUCCUUUGCACACACCGCGUAGAGUUUGUGGACAAAGCUGACAUGGUGGUCCUGAUGGACAACGGAACGAUCAUCAAAACAGGCACACCAGCAGAAAUCCUUCCUUUGGUCGAGGCAGUGCCGAAAAAACAGAAGAAUGAACACAACAUGAAAGAGAAAGAUGGUGUGGAGCAGGAGGAAGAGGAGCCGGGUUCAUCCCCUGAUCUAUGUGUGGACGAUGAUCCCGACCUGUCGGGGGCAGAGCAGAAGCAGGCGGGAGGGCUGGCGUGGAGAGUUUACCAGACCUACUGGGUUGCUGUGGGCAGAGUGCUGGCCGCUUCCAUCCUGACGUCUCUGCUCCUCAUGCAAGCCUCUAAGAACAUUUCUGACUGGUGGCUGUCCCACUGGAUCUCAGAGCUGAAAAACAACGGUUCCGCUAGAACAAAUGGUUCUUCCUCACGGGCCUACAGCUCACCUCACCUGCUUCUCUUCUCACCUGGAGGGUUAAUGUCUCCUCUGUCUUCCUCGGUGCAAACGUCCCCUUCAAUCAACUUGAGCUCUGAUAUCAAGUUUUACCUGACGGUGUACAGCUCCAUUGCCGUGGCCAACACCGUCUUCACCGCCCUCCGAGCCUUCCUCUUUGCCUACGGAGCCAUUUGCGCCGCCACUCUCAUCCACAACAGACUUCUGGACCGGGUCCUUAAGGCCACAGUGACCUUCUUCGACACGACCCCGAUGGGUCGCGUUCUCAACCGUUUUUCUUCUGACCUGUACAGCGUGGAUGACAGCCUGCCCUUCAUCCUGAACAUCCUGCUGGCCAACGUUUUCGGUCUGCUGGGCAUGCUGGUGGUGAUAAGCUAUGGCCUCCCCUGGGUCCUAGUGCCCCUGCUGCCCCUGGCUCUGCUCUACCACCGCACACAGCACUUCUACCGACACACCUCUCGGGAGCUGAAGCGCCUGUGCAGCCUCACUCUGUCGCCCGUCUACUCGCACUUCUCUGAGACGCUGACUGGGCUGGGAACCAUCCGGGCCAGCGGCAGCUCUGCCAGGUUUGAGGAGGAGAGCGCCAGGCGUCUGGAGCAGAACCAGCGCUGCCUGUUCCUUAGCAACGCCGCCAUGCAGUGGCUGGACAUCCGCCUGCAGCUCAUUGGUGUUGCUGUGGUCACCGGCCUCGGGGUGAUCGCUGUCGUGCAGCACCAGUAUAAUUCUGUUGAUCCCGGUCUGGUGGGUCUGUCCCUGUCCUACGCCCUGUCCAUCACAACGCUGCUGUCUGGCCUCAUAUUCAGCUUCACCCAGACUGAGAUGCAGCUGGUGAGCGUGGAGAGAACUGAGGAGUACUCCACCGGCCUUCCCACCGAGCCACAAGACCAGAACACACAGUUGCCCCCGGCGUGGCCCGAGCAGGGCUGGUUGGAGUUCCGCGGUGUGGUUUUGGCCUACAGGGACGGUCUUCCUAACGCCCUGGACGGGGUGAGCCUGGUAGUGCGACCUGGGGAGAAGGUGGGCAUCGUGGGACGUACAGGCUCCGGCAAGUCCACCCUGUUCCUGGCCCUGUUCCGUAUGGUGGAGCUCAACCAGGGUCAGAUUCUCCUGGACGGGCUGGACGUCAGCACUGUGGGCCUGGCUCAGCUCAGGUCCAGGUUGGCCAUUAUUCCUCAGGACCCCUUCCUAUUUAGCGGAACCAUCAGGGAGAAUCUGGACCCAUGUGGGCGACACCUGGACCAGCAGCUGCUGGACGUCCUGGACCAGUGCCACCUCAGCUCUGUGGUCAACAGGAUGGGUGGUCUGCAUGCUGAGGUUGGGGAGAGAGGAAAAUCCUUCUCUGUGGGACAGAGACAGCUGCUGUGUCUGGCCAGAGCUCUGCUGACCCAGGCCAAGGUCCUGUGUAUUGAUGAAGCCACAGCCAGCGUGGAUCCGAAGACGGACAAACUGCUGCAACAUACAAUCAGAGAGAAGUUUCAGGACAAGACCGUCCUCACUAUUGCACACAGGAUCAACACCAUCAUGGACAGUAACCGGGUGCUGGUGAUGCAUGCUGGGAAGGUGGUGGAGUUUGACACCCCGGCUGCUCUCUGCCAAACUGACCACUCCAUCUUCCACGGGCUGGUUGGUUGGGGAGGCGAGUGAGACGACUACAAAGACACUGGAAGGAGGGAACUUAUCAGAAAACGAAAGAUUUAUUUUUAUAGUUUUAUCCUGGAAAGGUUUUGCUGAGAACUCGCUGCCUGUUUCAGCACCGUCCCAACUUUUACAGCACACAUUUAAAACACAGUCAAAAGACUCUUCUACAGUUUGAGCUUCUGAGCAGAGAAGCGGCGAAUGCCUUGCUCCAGGCUACUGUUCGGACUGGGAAGUGAUGAUAUGGGUUUGCUGAUAUGUUGUGCUGACACAUUAAAUUUUCUUUUAAUUGACUGAUUUUAAUGCUGACACAGCAUUAAUUGAAUUUUUCCUGAAUUCCUGAAUUUUGAGUAAAAACUGCACUUCCAAGUGUGUUUUUUUUUUUUUUUUUGCCUGCUUGAUCUCAUUUUUGCGGACAUUUAUAACUAUGAAACAAUACAUUAACAAUUAGGAUAAGAUUUGUCACUUUAUCACUACAAGUGGGUAACUGGCAGCAGGCCUUACAUACGACUCUCUGGACUCAACCAGUCCAGUAGUAGUAGUUUUUUAGUUUAGUAGUUUUUGUGCAGCCAGUAUUUUCUUCCCCCCCCCGAUGGACUGGGAAACAUCACCCUGUCAUAGGCUCCUAUAAACUAGCUAUGGUGGCUGAUGGGGGUCAGCAGUUGCACCCAUGUUUGAAUGUAUUGAAAGAAAAGAAAUAUAAAAAUGCAUACUCUCUGUUAGCUGCUACCAAUCAUCAGGGAACACCUUUGCUCCCGGUCUUUCUACAUUUGAACCCUAAUAAAUAAUAAUAUGUCUAAAUUAAAUAAUAAUUUAAUUUAAGGCAGUUAAGGCACUCUCCACUAAACCCCAGACUGUUGAAAAGAUUUUAGUUGAGUAAGCAGUUGUCUAAGUACCCCAGCUUCUGUUGUAUAAAAACUCUGAAUAUAUUCAGAGUUUUUAUAUAUAUAUAUAUAUAUAUAUAUAUAUAUAUAUAUAUAUAUAUAUAUAUAUAUAUCGAUACAAAAAUACAACUUUUCUAAGUGUGUGGUUUUGUAAUUAACAAGCAAACUAUUUUUCUAACCAGAGGGAAUGUUUUUAGAAUGAAUUAGUUGUCCUCUCUGUAAAUAAUUUGCUGAAGAGGAUCCGCUCUUACUGGAGGCGGAGAUUGAAACCUUCAGUCUGUGGUGUGUUUGUCCUCUCUUGUCUCUGUUAACACCCACUGUCUAUCUGUUACAAACAUUUGCGACUUCAUUUACUUGUAACAUUUUUCCCAACUUGCGUCAACAGCAAAAUGUCCAAUCAUGACUGCUGUAUACUCUGUUGGGAUGUUUUACGGACAUACAGAAUGUGAACUAGAGCUGCAGCUAAUGAUUAUUUUCAUCAUCGAUUAAUCUUCUGAUUAUUUUCUCGAUUUAUAUCUAUAAAACUUUAGGAAAUAGUGAAAACUCACAAUGUUGUCAUUAAAUGGCCAAACCCCCAAAAUAUUCAAUUUACUAUAAUGUAAGACCAAGAAAAGCACCAAAUUCUCACGUUUGAGAACCUGGAACCAUCAAAUAUAUAUUAAUAAUAAUAACAGUUAAUGGAUUAUCCAAAUAGUUGGCAAUUAAUUUUCUUUCAGUCGACUGAUGGAUUAAUCGACUAAUCGUUGCAGCUCUAAUGUAAACUUUAAAUAAAAUAGAAAUUCAAAUACUGACUGAAACAAACUUUCUUUUUUUAAUGUACCACUGGUAUUGCUACAUACACUGAAUACACUAGACUAGACCUGCUGUAUGUGCAGUGUGAUGAUAUGGGAUAUAUUUAAGUUAUUCACAUCUAAAUGCCUAAUCAUUUGAGAAGGAUUUAUUUAUUUGUUUUUUGCUUUUGUCAACAAGGUACUUUAUAAUUAAAGUACACAUACAUAAUAAAUCGGUUUAAUUUGUAAUACA